GCUUAAUUAAUAAUGUACACGUCAAAAAAAAGAUGCCUGAACAAGAAAAUUAUUUCAACAUAGAGAAUAUGUGACGGCAUGAUGUUUACCAAUCCAUUGGUAGGUACAUAUAUACUUUUUUUUUUGCUUCAACUAUUAUAAAAUGACAUAUUAAUAUAUUUAAAUUAUUAAUUACAAAGGCAUAAGUCACGCACUCUAUAUAAACACAUCGAUUCAGGACAUCAAUCUCAUCAUCCGAUACCUUCAAACACAAACUUCUCGUUUCUCAAAACAUUUGGUCUUAAAAUGGCUUUUCGAGUUUAUAUUACUACCUUUGUGUUCUUAUGCAUUUUCGUGGUAUCUACCGUUUCGGGUUACAACUCGAAAGAUGUGAAAGCGUGGUGUAGCCAAACCCCAAAUCCAAAACCCUGCGAGUAUUUCUUAACCCACAACUCAGGCCAAAAACCCAUAAAAUCUGAAUCCGAGUUCCUCAAAAUCUCAAUGAAACUCGCUUUGGACAGAGCCAUCCUCGCCAAAACCCACGCGUCUACGCUAGGACCAAAGUGCGGCGACGCACGCCAAAAAGCUGCUUGGGAAGAUUGUCUCAAGCUCUACGACUUCACUGUCUCUAAAAUCAACGAGACAAUGGACCCAAACGUGAAGUGCUCGAAGACCGAUGCGCAAACAUGGCUCAGCACAGCUCUAACCAAUCUCGACACUUGUCGAGCCGGGUUCUUAGAGCUCGGUGUUACCGAUAUCGUUCUUCCUUUGAUGUCAAACAACGUCUCGAAUCUGAUAUGCAAUACGCUCGCCAUUAACAAAGUUCCUUUCAAUUAUACCCCACCCGAGAAAGACGGGUUCCCUUCGUGGGUCAAACCCGGUGACCGGAAGCUUUUGCAGAGCUCCACACCAAAAGAUAACGCGGUGGUGGCUAAAGACGGGUCUGGUAAUUUCAAGACGAUUAAAGAAGCGAUUAACGCUGCUUCAGGGAGUGGUAGGUUCGUAAUAUAUGUGAAGCAAGGCGUUUACAGUGAGAAUCUUGAGAUUCGAAAAAAGAACGUUAUGUUGAGAGGAGAUGGUAAAGGAAAAACAAUUAUCACCGGAAGCAGAAGUGUUGGAGGAGGAACGACCACGUUUAAUUCAGCUACUGUCGCGGCGGUCGGAGACGGGUUUAUAGCAACUGGAAUAACGUUUAGAAACACGGCGGGUGCAAGCAACGGACAAGCGGUAGCUCUAAGAUCCGGGUCGGAUCUAUCCGUUUUCUAUCAGUGUAGUUUUGAAGGUUACCAAGAUACACUCUACGUUCAUUCCAACCGCCAAUUUUACCGUGAUUGCGACGUUUAUGGAACCGUCGAUUUCAUCUUCGGAAACGCAGCCGCCGUUCUCCAAAAUUGUAACAUCUUCGCACGCCGUCCCCGUAGUCGCACCAAUACCAUCACCGCCCAAGGAAGAUCCGACCCGAAUCAAAACACGGGUAUUAUUAUCCACAACUCUCGGGUCACUGCUGCUUCGGAUCUCCGACCCGUUUUGGGAUCCACCAAGACUUAUUUGGGUCGCCCCUGGAGACAAUAUUCAAGGACGGUUUUUAUGAAGACUUCUCUCGAUAGUCUGAUUGAUCCACGUGGAUGGCUUGAAUGGAGUGGUAAUUUCGCUUUAAACACUUUGUUUUAUGCCGAGUUUCAGAAUACGGGUCCAGGUGCUUCAACUUCGGGUCGGGUCACAUGGCGUGGGUUUCGGGUCCUUCGUUCUGCCUCAGAGGCUUCCAAGUUUACCGUUGGUAGUUUCAUUGCCGGUAGCUCUUGGAUUCCAUCAAACGUACCGUUUACCUCUGGUCUCUGAAAUAUAGCUUAUUGGUUCAAAUAUUAUAUAUAUGGUUUAUGAUGCAAAGUUGUAUAUAUACGACGCAAUUGAUUAGUCUGCUAUAAAGAAUAAAUAUUGCUUUUUUACAAUGUAAACUUCGGAAAUUCUUGUAUAAUUAUAGAGUAUAGCUCCAUGUAAUUCAUCUCUGUCCUAAAUAUGUUGUAUUCUGUCUUUCUGAAACAAAUUGAUCACAUAAUAAAAAAAAUUAAGGAAUCUUCAUUUUAUUUUAUUUUAUUUUUUGGUCAACAGGAAUCUUCAUUAAAAAGAUAUUAUAUAUGAAAAAUGUUCAACAGUUAAGAAAAAAAAGAGAAAUGGGCUUUAAUAAACAGAUUCAAAUGACGCAGAAGCUAUGGACCACAAGAUAAGCUCAAGUCAGAAGUAAAAGAGAAAACGUGUGACCACACACAUGCGAUGAUGCACAAGAAUGUUCC